AUGGAUAGAACUUCAGAAUUACCAACUAAAAUCCUUUACCAAAUACUCUCUCGUCUCCCCACAAAAACUGCGGCUCAAACCAGCGUGUUGUCAAAGCCAUGGCUUCAAGCAUGCUCUACGAACCCCUAUCUCAGUUUUGAUGAAUUUGACUUUAACCCCCAUCUCAAUUAUAAUAAAUUUUACCUUGAGAGACCGCCGGGUAAGUCUAUAGAGUUUCACGGUAAGUUUUUGAGGAUUGUAGACGAUAUUUUGGGAAGAUAUCUCCGUGAAAAACUACCUAUUUCAACUUUUAAGCUUUGCAUUUCUUUCUCUAAUGAAACUGAUUGUGAUGGUCUAGUAGAUAAAUGGUUAGAUAUCAUAGCAAAGAAGAACGUUUCACAAUUCGCACUUUUGGUGAAAAGCCGUUCAGGAAAAUUUUCACUGUCAGCUGAUACCAUUUUCUCAAUGGAGUUAUUGCAGCAGUUGGAGCUAAAUUGGUGCAAGAUAUUACUGAAGCAAAAAGCAGUACUUUUUGAUGAUAGAAUUAAGUGUCGUAACAUAAAAAAUCUAACCUUAUGUCAUGUUAGCGUUUCUGAAUCAACACUUCAUAGCCUAAUAUCAUGUUGCCCUCAAAUCAUGAUGAUAUCAUUACAGUACUGUGUUGGGUUUAGUCGCAUCCGUAUGUCAAACCUGCCUAAGCUUUUGUCUCUUAGUAUCUUAUGCUGCUAUGUUGAGGAAGUUCAUAUUAUUGAGGCACCAAAAUUACUAUCUUUCAAAUAUGGAGAGAGAAUUAAUUUGAGUUCGUUGAAUAUUGGUACUUGCCAGAAUCUUACAAGGGUAGAAUUUGUGAGUGCCAAAAUUAUUAAUGAUGAUAUUCUCUUCCAGCUAAUAAAAAAACUACCCUUCAUCAAAGAAUUGAGCUUACGCUACUGUGAGCAAUUGAGAAAAAUAAAAAUAUCAAGUUCAACCCUCGAGGUUUGUAGCAUAGGUUAUUGCUAUUUAUUAGUUCAAGCCAUUUUUGAUGUGCCCAAGUUACUCUCCUUAGCCAUCUCCAUUCAAUAUAAGCUACCUUCUUUAUCUUUUGAAUGUUGUUCAAGCAAAUGCAGAAUUUCCAUAAAUUAUUGCUGUAUAUUGGAGGCUGAAGGCUUCAUUCGUUUAAGGAAAUUUCUAGUUGAGUUGAAUGAUCAGGCUGUAGACUUGACAUUGUCUAAUCAAAGAUUCAGAAACAACUGCACUUCUGGCUUGAGAUAUCUUCCUACACCUGAAGUUGAGAAUUUGAUAUUACCUGACCGUAAUCAUCCAAAUUUGUCAUAUUCAUCUUACUUUGAUGCAAUCUUCUGGACUUGUUGGCCCAAGAGUUUAACAGUAGAGUGUGAUCCAAGAUUUAGAAAGUUUAUACGUCAACAACUGUUGAAGAAGUACCAGUGGAGACUUAACAAAUGUACUUGGAAAGAAUAUCUCAUAAAUGCUCAGAUAGAGUACAAAAAAACAAUAGGAGGCGAUUGGGUUCCUCUUGAUAGGAAAAUGUUGGCAGCUAACCCUCGUAUUAUUGAAGCGAUCCAUACAAUUCGCUUCAAGCAAACGGAAAGAAAAGACAAAAAUAAAGAAUCAUUUAUUUCAAGGUACACUCCGAGAUGAGAGCUCAUCAAUUGGAGAGAUAGAUGUAGUUUGAGAUUAGAUAUCUAGUGCAACUUUUGUUUUCUUUUACCUUCAUAUGUGUUAGAAAAAUGUUUUGUGACAAUUUCCUU